AACAAAAAGGGAUCUUCCCCGUGUAACUCGAUGAGGAAUAAUCCACAGGAUUGGAUCAUUAUGGAAACACCCUGGCCACUUUCCUCGUGUAUCACCUGGCCGGAAAUUUCUUGAACUAAUAAGGACCACUGAAAGGCUCAUAAAAGAACAGUUAUAUAUUAAUGUGGACUUGGAUGUGCCGCUACUUCGUGAACAGGCAGUAAUGGCUUCCCACUCUCUUCCUCCUCUCCCCAAGCAACGCAUCAUCGUGGGCUUUGGCGGGACUUGCUUGGAUUACCUUGCUGUUGUAGCAAAUUUCCCUAAACCCGACGACAAAUGUCGAAGCAGGAGCAUGAAGAUGCAAGGUGGAGGAGAUGCAGCAAACACACUGACUUGCGCAGCUCGUUUGGACUUGAACCCGAGGCUCAUUUCUAAGAUUGCCGACGACAUGCCCGGCUCAAGCAUACUGAGGGAACUAGAAGCCGAUGGCGUAGAUACUUCUUUUCUCGUGGUGGCUAAGGAGGGCGUGACACCGUUUUCCUAUGUUAUUGUUGAUCAGAAAACGAACACCCGGACUUGCAUUUUCACCCCGGGACAUCCUCCCCUGCAACCAGAUGAUCUUUCCCCAUCUAACUUGGAAGAUGCAAUGAGAGGUGCAAGUGUUGUCUAUUUCGAUGGGAGGUUGACUUACACCGCUGCCUUUGUCGCGCGAGAGGCUGCACGGAGGAAUAUACCUAUUCUGCUAGACGCAGAAAAGAAGAGAGAAGGAUUAUAUGAUAUUUUGGUCUUAGCUCGUUACGCUGUUUGUGCAGCGAAAUUUCCGCAGGCUUGGACAGAGGCCCCAACGAUCGGGAGUGCUCUAGUCUCGAUGCUGUUGAGGUUGCCGAAGUUGAAAUUUGUGAUUGUGACUUUGGGUGCAAUGGGUUGCAUAAUGCUCGAGAGAAUCGAUACUGAGCAGCCACCAACUGAAGAAGUUGAUGUAGAUAGCUUACUAAGGUCACUGGAGCAAAGAAAAGACAAUACAGUUACCGCCCCGAUAUGCAUCUCUUCGGAAGUGGUGAGCAUGAGAGCAGAAGGAAUCGGAACAGUGCACGGGAAAUUAUUCUUGGGAACAGCGGAGAAGAUACCGCCUUCUGAAUUAAUCGACACGACUGGUGCCGGUGAUGCUUUUAUCGGAGCCGUCCUCUAUGGUCUCUGUGCUGAAAUGCCACCCGAAAAAAUGUUGCCGUUCGCUGCAAAAGUGGUAAGUAGACUACCAUUCGCCUUUUCCUGUGCAAAAGUGGUAAGUAGACUACCAUUCGCCUUUUCCUGUUCAUUUUACUUUGGCCUUAAGACAAAACGAAGUCGAAUUAAUUCGCCGAGACAUAAUCUUCAGGAAGAAUCUUUAUACAACAUCUCGUUUUGGCUUCUGACAACUAUUUAUACUCACGGAAGAGAAAUCAAUGUAAACAAGCACAUCUUAUGCUUCUUAUGAUAAGUCGGAAGACAAAAACUUGGUAUGCUACUUAACCAUCUUUCCCUGAAGAAGUCCUCACGCCUGCACAUCCAUUGUGAAAGCACGCGUUCUGUACUGGAGGAGAUGAACUUGUCUUAAAACAGUUUCUAAUGCUGGCCCAUUUGCAGGCGGCUUCUUGCUGUAGAGCUCUCGGAGCCAGAACUGGUCUGCCACAACGAACAGAUCUGUGCCUCGCCCCAUUCCUGCAAGAUGGGUGUAUACAUAACACGACUAAAUGCGCUUCUAACAUUUCUGAUUGAAGAGUCCCUUAUGGUGAAAUUCGUCUUAACACUUGUUGGACAAUGCUGCUUGUCCUCAGAAGGCGCUCAGGCAAUCGUCCCACGCGAAUAAUGUCGGAUAUGACAGUAAGAAGAUGUAUCACUAGUUUGUGUAAUUGUCGUCUUGUGACGUAUGUGUGAAGUUCAGGUGGCUGUCAUCUUCAAAGUAUAGACUCCUAUUGCAUGUCCGGGUCGAUGGAUUCGUAAGGAAUGAAAUAGGGGAAUGGUGAUUUCAUUUCAUCGGACGGAACAUGUAUGAGAAGUUAACACUUGAAGAAGUUUGUCCCUUUCCUUAGGUCUUAUUCUGUCUCGUGGAAAUUGUGAGCAUGUAAACAUUCAGUUCUAAGAAAUAAUAGAACUUUCAGUAACAAUUCUGCA